CGCCACUGACUAACUCAAACAAGCUUUCCAGUUUCCACCACCGCUUGGAGGUCCUCGUCGGCGACUAGCCGGAGAUGGCCUUCCGUCGCCGGGGCACGGUCUGCCCCACCACCGUCCUCUUCGUUCUCGCUCUCCACCUUCUCACCGCCUCCUGCGCGUCCUCGCCACCCCAGGAGCAGGACAGGUCGGCGCUCCUUGAGCUCAAGAGCGCCCUCUCCUCCGGCUCCGGCGACCCUCUCCGCCAGUGGGCGCCGGAAUCAGGCGCCCACCACUGCUCCUGGCCGGGGGUCACCUGCCACGCGCGGUCCCGCCGCGUCGUGGCGCUCUCGCGGCCGUCCCGACCCCGCCGGCGCCUCGCCGGGGAGCUGUCGCCGGCGUUCGGUCGCCUCACCGAGCUCAGAGAGCUCUCUUUCCCCGCCGCCGGGCUCCGCGGUGAGAUUCCUCAAGAAGUCUGGCGCCUGCGGCACCUCGAGGUGCUCAACCUGGCCGGCAACGCCCUCCACGGCCGCCUGCCGGCAACCUUCCCGGAAGGUCUGAAAAGCUUGGACCUUUCCGGGAACCGGCUGUCCGGGAGAAUCCCACCGGGGAUAGCCAGCUGCGCGGCACUCCGGCGCCUCCGGCUGUCCUCCAAUUCGUUGGAUGGUUCCAUCCCGCAGCAGAUUGGGAAGCUCGCGAAGCUCCGGGUCCUGGAGCUGUCCGGGAACAGACUGACCGGCGGCGUGCCUCCGGAGCUCCUCCAUUCUAGGGCCCUCGUCAAGAUGGAUCUCAGCAACAACUUGCUCAGCGGUCAAUUGCCCUCAGGCCUCAAGGAGCUCAAGAACUUGAAGUUUCUCUCGUUAUCCAGGAACAAUUUCAGCGGUGAGAUACCUUCUGAUUUGGGCCAGCUGAAGGCACUGAAAUUUCUUAAUCUCUCCAGCAAUUCUCUAUUAGGGGCUGUUCCCGUUGAACUUGUGGGUGUACGGAAUCGCACUGUUCUACUUCUUGACAAUAGGCUUUCAGGGGAGAUUACUGCUGCUGCUAAUCCUCACAUGCCAUCAGCAUCAGUGGUUAACGUUUCUUCAGUUACAGAGGUUACUUCCAGUGUGAACCCAUCACGCCAACCCACUGAGCUAUUUACAGUUUCUCCCAGAUUAAGUAUGCGAUUGCUGGGUGAUACAAGCUCAGGCACUCCUCCUGAUGGCAGCAGCAGCAGUGGUUUGGGAAUCAAAGAGAUUGCUGCCAUAGCUUCAGGUUCAGCCAUUGUCGUGAUUCUGUUAGUUGGGCUCAUCCUGUGCAUCUGCACAAGGAAAUGUGCUCUGAAGCCCUCAAGGCGCUCUCUCAGGAGAAGGGAAGUCAAGGUUUUUGACAAUGUUGAUAUUGGAGCCCCCCUGACUUAUGAGACGGUUGUUCGUGCCACUGGAAAUUUCAAUGCUAGCAAUUGUAUUGGCAAUGGCGGCUUUGGUCCGACAUACCGAGCCGAGAUUGCCCCUGGAGUUCUUGUGGCAAUAAAGAGGCUUGCUAUCGGGAAGCAGCACGGUGACAAGGAGUUCCAAGCAGAAAUCAGAACUCUUGGGCAGUGCCGCCAUCCUAAUCUUGUCACUCUCCUGGGAUACCAUAUCAGUGAUUCAGAGAUGUUUCUGAUAUACAACUAUCUGCCGGGUGGCAACUUGGAGAAAUUCAUAAAAGAGAGAACUAAGAGGCCAAUCAGUUGGAGAAGGCUUCACAAAAUUGCUCUGGAUGUCGCUCGUGCUCUUUCGUACAUGCAUGAAGAAUGUGUCCCCCGCAUCCUGCACCGAGAUGUCAAGCCAAACAACAUAUUGCUUGACAAUGAAUGCAAUGCAUAUCUUUCUGAUUUCGGAUUGGCAAGGCUUCUCCGGAACUCAGAAACUCAUGCGACGACAGAUGUUGCUGGUACUUUUGGUUAUGUGGCCCCCGAGUAUGCAAUGACAUGCCGUGUGUCUGAUAAGGCAGAUGUAUACAGCUACGGAGUUGUGCUUCUUGAACUGAUCUCAGAUAAGAAAGCGCUGGACCCAUCAUUUUCUCCGUAUGGAAAUGGUUUCAACAUUGUUAGCUGGGCUCUGAAGCUUGUCCAAAGAGGCAGAGUCCGGGAAUUCUUCAUUGAAGGCUUGUGGGAUAAGGCCCCACAUGAUGAUCUGGUUGCGUUCUUGAACCUGGCGAUCCAGUGCACGCAGGAGUCUGUUGCUUCUAGGCCUACAAUGAAGCAUGUGGUUCGGUGCCUAAGGGAUAUCCGACCACCUUACUAGGAACAGCAAGGCAAGCACCGAUAGGCUGAUAGGUAGGCCGUUUUCCCUGCCCAGGAAGUUAGCAACUGUGGAAAGGAGGCGCGCUACAACAAGGAGGUGGCUUGAGAUGCCGUCGAUUUUAUCUCCUCAGCGGGCUCGUCUCCACCAACUGUAGGGAUGCAUAACAUUUCAGGAAGCUGAAUGUUUCCCUUAACAAAAAAAAAGUAGAAAAAAAAGAAAAUAAAGGAAGCUGAAUGCUUCAACAGUUCUGCAACUGCACAACAUUUCAGCGGCAUUACUUUUUUUUUCAGAACACAAAAAAGUAAUGCCGCUGAAAUGUUGUACAGUUGCAGAACUGUUGAAGCAUUUGGCCUUCUGGAAUACUACAUAUAUCAGUAUAGCUGAUGGCUUAUGACAUGAUGUACAGUUUGACAUGUAUGGGAUUUGAUGAGCUUGUGGUGUUACCGUUAACUGAUGUUCAUGCAGAUGGCUUGGGUUGUGCCUGGAACGAGGUGCGAA